UUUUUACGACACGUUUCCUUUUUCCCUCCGUUUCCUCUGACUGCAACUGCAUCUACCGUCCUGGUCCAGCCAAAAAAAUGGAUCCUUCUUGUCGAACUUACCAACUCUAGGGUUUACUUUAGCGAACCGAUCAAGGAGCUAACUUUCGGACAAAUCUAUCUCAUUAUUGCUUCAAGCAACUCUUAAUGUUCAGAUUCCUUAGUGCUGUGUGCCGAAUUGAUUCAGUGUGUUUCUAUCUGUACUUGGGAACCAAAAAUGGUGUCUGAGGAAGUUAUGAAAGCUGUUUUUCCUUUACUAGAUGGCGUUGAUCUUGCUUCUUGUAUGGUGGUAUGUAAGCAGUGGAGAGACCUAGCUCGAGAUGAUUACUUUUGGAAAUGUCUUUGUGCCAAGAGAUGGCCUUCAAUCUGCAAGAGACGUAAUCCUCCUACUUCAAGCUACUACAAGUUAUAUCAAACCUUUUACAGACGCCAGCAUCAUAAACCUCUUCUCCCUCCAAGAAUUUCCUUUGAUGAUUUGGAGUUCUUCAUUGACAUUUGGGCUGAAAAUAGAUUACUCUUCUCCGAAGUGGUGCCUGGCUCUGUCCUGCAGCAAGGAACUAAAAUUUCACCAUCUGGAGUUUGUGAAAUGCUUAAAUGUCACUUGGAGGGCUCUGAAUUCAAGAUGACAUUACCUGUUGAGCCUAGGUUUAAAAUACCUUUGAGCCAAACUGAGACAGUAAGCAUCUCUGUAUUGGUUGGGCGGAAGGAUUCAAAUAAGGUUGCUUAUGUCAUUAAUAAGUCCAUGUUUGAUUACAUUGAUUGGUCGUUGUUCAGGGCCUCGGCAUUUGAGUACCUGGACAUUUCCCCUGCAUACCGCUUUUUAUCUGGCAUCCGGGCAUGGAUCUCUUUGCUAUUUAUGGAAGAUGGAGAUGAGGGAGCGAUGGAUGUGUUUGGUAUACAGUUAGAUUUCUGUGAUGUGGCAAACUCUAAGGAAGAAGUCUUGUGGCUAUUGGACAUGCUCGAUUGGAAGUGAACGUUUUGAAUUUCGAUGAAGUAUGAUUGCAAAAAAAUAAACUGGAAGCAGUGUAUUUGUGUGAUACCUGAUUUUACUUUCGGCGUCGCAUGAUAGUGACGUCUUGUAUGUUCAUAUUCUGUAAAUGCUUUGUCUAUUAAUUGUUAAUAAAUACAAUCUUUUCUGCGGAUA